ACAUUGUUGACGCAGCUUCCGACUCAGCUGUCAGGUCUUUGAAAGCCUCGACUCCUGCAACCGCGUCCGAGUUUCUCACCAAUCCUCCAUGAAAUGCUGCAGCUGUGCAUGUAAAUGUGCAUGCAAUGUAUGGAAGGCUUAAAGCAGCGACGAUCUAACUCUGAGUGGGGGUUUUGGUAGAACACAGUACAUUUACAGGAGCAGCUGACUCCCUGUAAACUGCUGCUGUGAUGCAUUCGCUGGCUCAGGAGAUCCAGGGCUUCUCCAAAAACCGCCUGAAGAAACAGUGCACGCGUGUUACCACAGUGACAGGCAGGAGGCUGCUGGAGAGGAGGACUGAUGGAGGAGAGGGCGAGGAGCAGGUUGAAGAGCUGGAGGAGGGAAGUGGAUGUGGAUUUGUAGAAGAUCAAAGUCUGGACCUUCAAGUCGGUGUUGUUAGACCUUUCUUACUGCUGGCUUCUCAGGAUGCAGCCCACGACAUUGACACCCUGCAGAGAUAUAAGGUGUCUCAUGUGCUAAAUGUGGCCUAUGGAGUCACUAACCUGUUCCCAGAUCAGUUUGUAUAUAAGACGCUCCAGAUCCUGGACCUCCCGGACACGGACAUCACUUCAUAUCUUGGGGAAUGCAGCUGCUUCAUAGAUGACGUACAAGAACAGGACGGUGCCGUGCUGGUCCACUGUAACGCAGGUGUAUCACGCUCUUCCUCCAUCGUGAUUGGCUACCUGAUGUUGAAGGAAGGGUUGUCAUUUGAUGAUGCGUACAGUCAGGUGAAGCUGGCGAGGCCCUCAAUUCGCCCUAACCCCGGCUUCUACCAACAACUGCAGAGCUACAAACCUUAAAGCUGCAUUAUUUGUUUGUUUUUUUUGUCCACUUGGGGGCAGCAGAAACGAGCUGUGACACAACACUGAUUUAUCGUCACCUGUUAGGUUAUCAUGCUGAACUUUAGUAGUAAACAGUUGCCUAUUUGCUGGAGUUCAAUAUUUGGCUUCUCACUCUGUUUUUUAACUCCUGAGGGAAAUAUCUGAAUCUUUAGCUGUUAAAUGCUACACCUAGUUUAUCUAGCAGCCAUCUAUUUCUGUCUGCUGUUUGGUGCUGAGCAGGGGGGUGUACAGUGGGUUUUUCACUGAAUCCAGCUGCCUGUUGAUGAGAGCUGUAAGACUGAACCAAAACAGAAAAGGUGUGGCCCAUGAAAACCAAAACAAUAGGCUGAAAGACACUUAAACGCACUGUACAGCUGCAGAGAACUGCAGAUUUGGUAAUAAUUAUUGUCACAGUGAGUCUUUUCACAUUACACUGACAUCUGAUACAUUGUUAAAGGUCCAAUGUGUCAGAUUUAGGCGGCUUCUAUUUACAGAAUAUGUCAAAAAUAGAAUAUAAUAUAGUCAUAAUCACCUUAAAAUGGGAAUAGUUAUGUUUUUGUUACCUUAGAAUAAGCCUUUUAUAUCUGCAGACACUGCAGGUCCUCUUCCAGAGCGUCCGCCAUGUCGAACCACCAUGUUUCUACAGUAAUCCAGGACAAAGCUUUCACAUUUUUCGCACUAAGAAAUGUGAGGGGGUUGCAAUCUGCAAACACACCACUAGAUGCCACUACAUCCUACACACUGGACAGGUGUAGGCUUCUCUUUUACCCGUGAUAAACAUUUUAUUUUGAAAAUCGUCCUGUUUUUUCUAAAGGUUAUAAUCUCGUUUCAUUAUCAAAGAUAAUAAAAGUGUUAGUGGAGGAUCAAAUUGUAAGAGGAAGAUGUUUACAUUUUUUAAAUGUCUCAAUAAACAUGGUUUUGUUUUGGCUAAUUUUGGAAGAAAGACAACACAGGUGCUCAUCAUGAAGGUCAAACUUACUUUUUUGUUUUCCUCAGUGGAUGGAGCUGCUCGGAUAGUUAAGUUGUUAUAUCAAUCCAAUAGAGAAUUUUCUUACAUGUGAUGAACAGCUUGUUUCUGUGUGUCAUGUGUAAUUUCAUGCCUGUGUUGAGUGUGUCUAAAAAUACACAUAGUAUGUAAAAAACUGUCUGCCUUUCAUUCCACAGUAGUAACAGCUUUGUUAAGAAACUGAUUUCCAAUUAGAUUCAUCAAUUUUCGAGGCACUUAUUUUCUUUGCAAUAUAGAUCGUUUCCUAAUUAAACACGUACCAGUUUUUUUUUCCUUAGGUACAACUUGAUUUCUUUCACUACACAAACACACACACCAUCAAUUAUAAUGAUUACCCUCACUGCUGCAUUGUCUCUAUCAAUUUAACAACUUUGCAAAG